AUGGUCCUAACUCGAUCAGGUCUGAAUCUUGAAUCCCCUGCGGCAAAGCCGCGACUCCAGACCCGCGUAUCUCAAACCCCCGUGGGGAGUCGAUAUCUGCCAUCACUAACCCGCGCACCUGAGAUCCACGAGGAGAGCAGUCAUCUGAUGGCGGCAAGGCGCCUGAGGCUUGUGUGUAGACGGCCUGCUGGUAGGACUGAGGAGCCUCCCAACGGAACCAACGACGUCAUCAUGGACGACGACGACGACAAUCCACAAGCUAGCGAACUGACCUUGGACGAAGCAGAACGGAACAAAUUCCUCCGCGAUGCUGCCAAUUUGUAUGAACGCACCUUUGAAGAGCUCUUGCAAAGCAACACACAACUCGCUCAGCGCAACAAGGAUCUUGCUGUUGCGGAAACCAUGAACAAACAGCAUCUUGCAACCAUCAAGACGCUGCGAGACGAGGCCAGUGAAGGCAAACGACAGCUUGACGAUAUUCGUCUACAGGUCGCGGCCCACCUGGAUGAAUGCAACAAUCUCAAUAAUGCAAAGGACUUGCCCAUCGUACUCCAGCCCACUUUCGCCACUCACUACCCUUUAUCGCCAAUCGAUCCCGCUUUAGAGGACGAGGGAGACCAGGGAGAUCAACUUUGUCUUUUAUCGAAUACGUGGACUGGCUUGCUCGACAGAAAUCGACGACCCAGCAUCCUCAUUAGCGACCUUUUCGUCUGGCAUAUCGACACCAGUUCUUUCGUCCAUAUGAAUUCGCAAACUAUAUGCACUUGUCAAGUCGAGGCAUCACUGGUCAAUGACAAAUUCACUCGCUCUGCCUUCUUCCGCCCUACCACCAACGCCAUGAUGACAAAUUGGGACGAAUCGAUCCUUCAAGUUCAAGAUCUGGUGUUUGAGAACGCCAUGUACCAAGACAUCUCCUCCUGGGAGCAACUCCACGCCUGGCUCGAAUGUUUCAAGUGCCUCGCUGAUUCUCGUCCCGGCACCAUGAGGAGGAUUCGAUGUCUCUAUGGCCGGACUGCGGUGGACAAGGAUGCUUUAUUUGCUGCAUCGUUGGGAGUUGAGCCUUUGUAG